AUGAGCACCGACAGGACAUGCAAUAGCUCCUUCUGGACUAGGGAGGAGGACAAAAUCUUUGAGAAUAUCCUAGCGAUAUACUUUAACGAUAACAAUCUACUCACAAAGAUGGAAGAAGCACUUCCUGGAAAAACAGUUGAUGAGAUCAAGGAUCACUAUAAUAUACUUUUAGAAGAUAUCGAUGCCAUCGAUUUUGGAGGCACUCCAUUACCUAAUUAUCCAGAACUGCAAAGCAAUGCCAACCAAAAUAAGAAAGCAGAUGUUAAAUGGCGAAGAGGGACUCCUUGGACAGAGGAGGAACACAGGUCAUUUCUCCAGGGCUUAGAUAUAUAUGGAAAAGGUGACUGGAGAAGUAUAUCUAGGCACUGUGUGAUAACAAGAACCGCAAUACAAGUGGCUUCUCAUGCCCAGAAGUAUUUCAAGCGCGUUGAAGCCAACAAGAAAGGGAACAGAAGAGCAAGAGCAAAACCAAAUGUUCUUGAUGAGGAGUAUUGUGACAAAGAAGAACUUGCAAGAAUUGAUUGUGGCCAUAUGUACCAUAUGGAUUGUCUCAAAGAGUGGAACAAGAUUGUGAACACUUGCCCCGUCUGCAGGAGGAGAGUGGCAGUUAUUUGCCAUUUUGCAUUGAGAUUCCGUGCAUACCUUGGUCGCUUGGCUUGCAACUAA